AGUGUGUGUGUGUGUGUGUAUUUCUCUGUAACCGCGUAGAUAAUUUCUAGUUAAAACUUGCACUUUCGGUUACAGGCAUCGAGCGAUACGGGAGGAUUCGGCGUCAUGUAACAAUUCAAGGUUACUGAAUGACCUCCACACUUCUGCAAUGGGAACUGAAUGAAACCUGCUUCCUAUUGAGAUGUUCUGAUGUAAUGUGGACAAUUGUCAAAACCUGGAUGAGUUCUGCACUAUGUUCUACCAAAAAAAAUUUUUUAUAUCUUUCUUCAUUAUUACUUAUGACCUCUGUUCUGGAUGUGAUCGGGCUGAAUAUGAAAUAAAAGGUGAAUGCUGUCCUAUGUGCCCUCCUGGAACCCGAGUUUACAAACACUGUACAAGAAACAGCAGUACUUCAUGUGUCCCUUGUAUUGGACCCACUUUCACUGACAAGCCAAAUGGUCUCAUUCACUGCUUUCCCUGUACGGUGUGUGACAAAGGUCUUCAUUUAAAGACAGUAAAGAAGUGUACAGCUACUUCAGACACAGUGUGCGGAGCCCUGGAAGGGAACUAUUGUAUUGAUCCUUAUGGGGGAGGAUGUAGAGCAGCACAGAAACACACAACCUGCAAACCUGGAUACUUCAUCAAACACCCUGGAACAGACUCUACUGACGCUGUGUGUGAGAAGUGCCCUGAAAAUUCUUACUCUGUUGAAUCUUCUGCAUCCUGUACACCACACACAGACUGUGAAUCCAAAGGACUUCCCACAGUCAAACUAGGAGACAGUGUGUCUGAUUCUCUGUGUGGAGAGAAUUGGAUUCCCCUUCUAGCUGGGAUUAUUAUUGUCGUUGUUAUUGUUGUUGUUGUAACAGUAGCAGCAACUUAUGUGCAAAACAAAUUCAAUCUUCUAAAAAUGAAAGUUGACCCCAAACACCUUGAGAGGACCAUCGCAUCAGGAAAAACCACCGAUGCAGUCCUCUCUGCUUUUUCAGCUACCGAAGAACUUGACAAGAGACUUGCUGAGGUUCAGCGCCAAGCUUGA